AUGGAGAAUCGAGUCGCGGAAAACGUGCUUGGAACAUUAGGAGCAGUUUGCUGGUCGAUUCAACUUCUUCCACAAAUCAUCAUAAACUACCGAAGACAUGACACCGAGGGACUUCAAGGCUCCAUGAUGCUACUGUGGGCGGCGGCCGGUGUUCCGUUGGGGGUGUACAACAUCGUGGAAGAAUUUAACAUUGCUCUGAGGGUUCAACCUCAAAUCCUGACAUUUCUCAGUCUCCUCACUUGGGCGCAAUGCCUUUACUAUGGGAAGAAAUACCCAAUCACAAAAUGCUGCAUCGCAGUCACAUCUCUUCUGGUUUUACUUGGUGGCAUUGAGGCAGGCUUGAUUUUUGGCCUCCAAGCAGCGAAAGGCCAUGGUCUUCAAUGGCCUCUCAUCUUGAUGGCCUCGCUCAGUGCCGCUCUCCUUGCUGCAGGUGUCUUGAGACACUAUUGGGACAUCUAUGUCCAUAGAACGGUCCGUGGCAUCAGCUUCAUAUUUGUCGGGAUCGAUGCCGCUGGUGACCUGUUCUCUCUUGUCUCCGUCUUGUUUGGCACGACCAUUGAUAUUCUGGGGAUUGUCAUCUAUGGGACCGAACUGACGCUAUGGAUUGGCAUCUUUAUCUGUGGCGGCAUCUUCAACCUCCAACCCUGGCUCAAAGAGCGUUCGAAGCAGCGACACGAGGAUGUCCAACAACCAGUUGCUCUGCACCCUAUGCCAUCGUCAACAUCGGUUUUCAGAACCGCGUCAGGGAGUCAGGUGGUCGAAAGAAGGCCAUGGAAUAACCCAUCUUAG